CUAAUAUCUAUUACUGCUCAAGAAGAAGCAGCUGCCAUAGAUGAAGCAAAUAUAUUAAAACAAGAUCUUAUAGCAAUUAUCAAUUUAUUACUAAAUUUAGUUAAUAUUUCUGAUAGUUCAAAGUAUCGUAGAUUAAAGCAAAAAAAUUUUAGUCAAUUACAAGAGAUCAUACAAAGUAUUAGAGACCUUCAUAAUGAACAAGAUGGACUUGAAGAUGAAGUAAAGCUAGAAAAUUAA